GCCGUGAGGUGCGGGUAAUAUUUACAAACUUAAGAAAGACUCCAGAGGCCUGUUGUAAAAUAUUUCGGCGAAUUGUCUCAGUGCGGCGUUUUAAAGGCCAUUAUGGAUGGGGAAAAUCUAGUUGGUCACUUUCAAGUGUUGAAGAUACCAGGAGCUGAGCACCUGGUUGGUGAAAGUUUUGAUUGGCUCUACCUCACAGAGGACAGUGCCCCAUUGGCUGCAUUUUUAAAGUGGUUUACUGAAAAUGUGUCCACAAAUGAUGUUCUCACAGAUGCAGAAUUGAAUGAGUAUGAAGAACUUAUGUCGAAGGGAGAGGUGUUAACAGGCCAUCAACUGGGGGAGACGGAGGCCUUCUUAUCUGGACUCCCCACAGCAUUCACUUCAUCACAAGAAGACCAGCAAGAUAUCCAUACUGUGGAGGAGCACAAGAGGCUAGCGGCUCAAUUAGAAGUUUUGUCAAUGAGAAAAAAUCUAUUAAG